CUGGAUGGCUAAUUACCAUUUACUACCCCUCCCUUCUCUCUCUAGUUUUCAUUUUUCGAAGCCGGUGUUUGGCUAAGCAGCGGAAAGUGAAGACGACUGCGCGAGAGAGAAUCACACAGAAACAACAAAAAAAAAUUAGGGUUUAUUAACAAUGGCAUUUGCUUCUCGAAUCCGAUCGAGCCUGCCUCUCGUCACCAAGAUUCUCAAAUCGGAUUCAGUCUCCGCCGCCGCCAACGGAUCCAUCGCCCACCGCUCGGUGCUUUGCCCUGCUUUCAUCAAUUCUGAGCCAUCCAGGAACUUUUCUACUGCGCAAGGGAAGAAGGAAGUGAAGGUUAAGGUGCCUCUGGUGUUGUUUGGGGGUUCUGGGAACUAUGCCUCUGCUUUGUACAUUGCUGCAGUAAAAGCUAAUACCUUGGAAAAGGUUGAGUCUGAGAUUUUUGCCAUUGUUGAGGCUAUGAAGAAAAGUCCUACCUUUUCUCAGUUCACAAAGGAUUUGUCAGUGCCAGCAGAUACUAGAGUGAAGGCAAUCAAUGAAAUUACUGCUGAAGCUAAAUUUUCAGAAAUUACAAAGAACUUUUUGGUUGUCUUGGCUCAGAAUGGGAGGUUAAGGAACCUUGAAACCAUAUCAAAGAGAUUUGCGGAGUUGACCAUGGCACAUAAGGGAGAAGUGAAAGCUAUUGUCACAUCUGUCAUUCCCCUUCCCGCCGAAGAGGAGAAAGAAUUGAAGGACACACUGCAGGAAUUAAUUGAACAGGGGAAGAAGGUCAUUCUUGAACAAAAGAUUGAUCCUAGUAUUUUGGGUGGUCUCGUGAUAGAGUUUGAUAAAAAGGUGUUUGACAUGUCGAUUAAGACUAGGGCACGCCAGAUGGAGAGGUAUUUGCGGGAACCUGUAAACUUUGACAACCUCUAAAAGGUGUUUGAAGACUGAGUCUGCGAUCUCCGCCCUUUUUCCUGUGUUCGUUAUGGUCAAAAUUCUAUGAAGGAAAAGAAAGAUUUGUUUUAUUUUGUUGCGCGGACCUUGUUUAAGAAGAUGGAAAGCAACUUGAUCGGGAUGCCAUCUAUUUGCAAAUAAAAGCUUCAUUUUUCGGAUGUGUUGUGGGAGAACCGAGGGACUUCCCAUUCUCUCUGAUUUGAUUCCUUUUCACUUUGAAGUUUCAGCUUGUUCCAGUUC